AUGAAGCGACCCUAUCUGGUGGUCCCCGUCUACAUCUACCCUGCCCCUGGUGCCUGGGAGCCACUUUUUCAGGCGGCCCGCAGUAGCCCCAGCGUUUCUUUCAUCGUUGUCGUUAACCCCUGCAACGGUCCUGGCGCCGAGGCACUUCCAGACACCAACUACCAAGAUGCCCUAGCCCAACUCAAAUCUUUCUCCAACGUCCAGCUUCUCGGCUACGUGUAUUGCAGCUACGGCAGUCGUCCCAACCUUGACAUCCAGAAGGAUAUUGCCUUGUACUCGGGCUGGAACACCCAGUUUAGAAUUGAUGGCAUCUUUUUUGAUGAAGUGCCCUCUGCGGAUGCGCACGCCAGUCUGAUGGCCAGCUUGUCCCACUUUACAAGAUCGACCUGGAACCAGAGCACCGGAAAGUCUGGAAUCGUGGUGUACAACCCUGGCGUAGCUGUAGGUGAACGGUUCUACCGGGAUGUGGAUCUGGUUGUUGUUUUCGAACAGUCGGAGCAUCAGUGGCGAAAUUGGUACCUGCAUCAAGAUGCCCCCGAUCGUGGCCAAAGCAAGGAUGUGGCGAUCGUUCACUCGUGUUCAAGAGAUGCCAAGAGCCUAGCUCAGGAGAUGGUCAAAAUGGGUUUGGGUGGACUUUAUUUAACCGAACAAUCCGGUGGAGGGUAUAUUCAGUGGCCUCAAAAUUGGUUUGAUCUUGUCGGAGUCGUCGAUCAUGUCUCGACCUCUACCUAA